UACUGUUGUGCAGUUAGACUGCUGUUGCUGCUCUCGCGCUCUCUCUCUCUCUCUUACUCUCUCUCUCUCGCUCGCUCUCUUUCUCGCUCUCUUCCUUCCUCUCUUGCUUUUACUCUUUUGCAGCACUGAGGCGUUUGGCUCUUGCAUGCACACAGAGGGGCACGCACAGGGGCUCGCUCACAUUAACCAAUAAACACAUUUACAUGCAGCGGAGCAGCGAGGAGCCAGACACGUUAGGUUAGGUUCUCUCUCUCUCUCUCUCUCUCUCUCUCUCUCUCUCUCUCUCUCUCUCUCUCGCCCUCUCUCGCUCUCUCUUUUCUGAGAAUGGUCCAGCUGGUGCCUGAGGCUCUGCUGUCGCGGCCUGCUGCCUGCAUCUGAUCACGAUCACACACACACACACACACACACACACACACACACACACACACACACACACACACACACACACACAGAGCACACAGAGCCGGCUCACAGGAAAGCACAAUGUGAGAGGUGGGUACUGAAGGUAGUGCCCUCUCUUGCUGCAGCUUGGACCCGCUUGUAGUGCCAGUCCCUGCUUUUUUUGCAAGCUUGCUACCCAAAACCAAGCCUGAACCUUCAGCCAGCGACCUCUGAACCCCUGAACCUGCACACCCCUGCCACCUCAGCAGAACGCAGACCUACCACGUGCAUCACCUUCCACACAGCUGCAGUACCCCAGGAGCUGCCAAGUGCCAGUGGGAUUGCUUCGAGUCGGAACGUUUUCACAAUUGGAGCUUUCUUUAGGCGUGUGUGCGCGUGUGGGCAAUCCAAUCCAGAAGUGAAAACAUUUUCAUUUUCUUUUUUGCUGCCCAGGAAUUCUCUGUGAAUCUCUUCAGUGUUGUGCUUUUGACCCCCACACACUUUGUUGUGGAAUAGGCUUUAUGUCAAUUGUUUGACACAAGAAGUAAAGCGAGAGACUUCCCAUUAAAGGACAGCCAGCAGAUCAUCCUGACCUUAAAAACACACGCAUAUACACACACAAAGUCCUAGCCAUGGCAAUGAACAUGGCACACAUUCGCGACACAAAAUGGCUGACACUGGAGGUGUGCCGUGAGUUCCAGAGGGGCACGUGCUCACGCUCAGACGCUGAGUGCAAAUUCGCCCAUCCAGCCAAGAGCUGCCAGGUGGAGAACGGCCGAGUAAUCGCCUGCUUCGACUCGCUCAAGGGACGCUGUUCCAGAGAGAACUGUAAGUACCUGCACCCGCCUCCCCACCUGAAGACGCAGCUGGAGAUAAACGGCCGCAAUAACCUGAUCCAGCAGAAGAACAUGGCCAUGCUCGCCCAGCAGAUGCAGAUCGCCAGUGCCAUCAUGCCUGGCAGCCAGCUUCAGCCAAUGCCUUUCAUCUCUGUCACGCCAAACUUAGCCACCAAUGCCAGCGCGGCAGCAGCUGCAGCGGCGGCGGCUUCGUUUAACCCCUACCUGAGUCCCGUAUCGCCAGCUCUAAUGUCCACUGGUGCCGACAUGCUGCCGAGCGCUCCAGUCCUGAUCGGUGGUAAUCCUGCUGCACCUGUAAACUCCUCAGCAAACGCAGCUGCUCAGAAACUACUGCGUACGGACCGCCUGGAGGUGUGUCGUGAGUACCAGCGUGGGAAUUGCUCUCGCGGUGAGACAGACUGCAGAUUCGCUCACCCGUCAGACAGCACCAUGAUAGACUCCAGCGAGAACACGGUCACCGUGUGUAUGGACUACAUCAAGGGUCGCUGCUCACGAGACAAAUGCAAAUAUUUUCACCCUCCUGCACACCUGCAGGCCAAGAUUAAAGCAGCACAGCACCAGGUGAACCAGGCCACAGCCACCGCGGCCAUGACGGCUGUCAAAUCACUGAAGCGACCCCUCGAGGCCACCUUUGACCUGCAGGGCCUUCCUCAUAGCGUAAUUUCUCCUUUGCCAAAGAGACCAGCCCUUGAGAAAACCAACGGUGCCACCGCCAUGUUCAAUGCCAGCAUGCUGCAGUACCAACAGGCGCUGGCGAACAUGCAGUUUCAGCAGCAGUUUAUUCCUUCAGGCUCAAUAUUGUGCAUGACUCCUGCAGCAAGUAUGGUACCCAUGAUGCACGGCGCUUCACCGGCCGCUGUGUCCGCAGCAACCACGUCCGCCACUACUGUUCCCUUCGUAUCCGCAACAGCCAAUCAGGACUCUUCUCUAUCAAAGCUGACUACCAACGAAUACAUGCAAUUGAUUCCAAUAAUAUCUGCAGAACACCUGACUAGCCACAAGUAUUUGACUCAAAUGUAGUCAGCCGCCAGACCCAUCAAAUGAAUCUGUUACCUGGGACAGAGACAAACAAUUUACCGGCAACAAAUUAUACACAUUUUAUUUACUCCAUUAGAGCCCUUGGUGGUAUCAUUAAUUCACAGAUGUAAUAUUUAAAGGACUUGUCCAUUACAUACCAAUAUGCAGAAACAUGCAGUGCCCUUAGAAGUGAUGUGCAGAACUUGAACGAAAUUGAUGUACAUAAGGAUGGGUUCAUACACAUAGUAACACGUAGCUAGAAAUAGUCUGUUGGUACCAAGUCUGCCAGUUUACAGGUUAGAUAUGAUACCAACAGACAUAAUAACUAUAGACCAAAAGUUUUUUGUUUUUUUUAAUUGUCUCCCGUAGGUAUUUAAUUGAUGUUAUUAGUAAGUACCAAUUUAUUGAAGGUUAUAAUUAUAGAGCUGGUGGUUUUUCCACAUACACAUUUAGCUGAAGAGUAGAUAUUGAGCACCAUGGCACUUAAAAGUUUGUCCCAGAUUGAAAUAUUACAGAGAUCAUACUAUAAUAGCUAUAGUACUAAUUUUUUUUUUUUUAAUGAGUAAAGUGGUUAAAGACCACUCUAAAUUUUGUGCUCGAGUAUAAUGGGAACAUACAGAAGUGGAAAUACAGGUGUUUAUUCAGAUGGAAUGAAGAGAGAAGCAGGUCUGUGUCGUGUGCCUGUUAAACCAGGUACAGUUCACCCUCCAGUCUUAUUGAGUAUACAUUCAUUAGCCAUGUUAGUUUGGACACCCCUUUAUUAGUGAAUUGUAACACACCAUGCCAUAUCCAGCGCUUAUAUGCCAAUGCCUAUUCAUUUAUAUUGAACAAUUAAAAAAAUAGCAAGGGUUUAUUAGACAAACGUUCAGUUUUAGAUGGUUUUCCUGAGAUGUGUCAACUGUAUCACCAGGUCAAGCGUUACUGAUUUGACAAGGGUUUUAUACAAAGAAAAAAAUGUGAAAAUGCACCUUAAAUUUAAAAGAAAAUUACAAUUCUUCAUGGCACAAUACAUCCAGCGAAAUGCAAGUAUUUUUUUGCUGCAUAAAAAUGUGCAGUCUUGGAGAGGAAGGAUCAGGAUUAAAGAAGACUAAUGAAUGUUUUUUUUUUUUUUUAUGUAAAACCAGAGUCCUUCUGACCUUUUAAAGCACAUGUUAGCUUUAAAUCAAGCUUCACAAGAUAUACAAUAGGCUGCAAAUGGAAAGUGUUAUAUCAACAGUGUUAUUCUGUUUACCAGAGAUUGUUUUUAUACAUAAUUUCAUGUCUUCUUUUUUUUAAUUAUAAUUCGAAUUAAUUUUAUUUUGAAUAUUUGUCUGUAAUGCUCUCGAUGGCUUUUCCAUUCAGCCUUAGAUAGGCCUUUUUCGACUUGCAUGAAAACAGGGUUGCCUUUUCCUUCCUGUUGCCAUAUGUAGAGAUUUUUAUUGCCUUGAAUGACAGAGUGGCGUUUUAUUCAUGGAAUGGAGAGUGGGUAUCAGUGAUCACCGCAUGUCUUUACAUUUGUUAAAAAGUAACUCAGACUCUUAAAGCAUGACGUGAAGAGACUCUUUCCAGUCAUGGAAUGGAGGAGAAAUGAUGGAGCUGCUUGAACCCGAUGGUCAGCUUAGCUUAGUUUUUUUUUUUUUUUGUAUAUGGGAAGACCAGAUAUGUAUUUGGUUCAGGGUUUUUUUUUUUGGGGUUUUUUUUAUGGAUUUGGUGCCAUUUGUGUUAUAUGUUUUUGAUUCCUGAUCUCAAAUAGCUUUUAGCCUAUGUAUUGUAACAACAACAAAAAAGAGAUGAUAAUGUUAAACAUUCUGUUAAGUCGUGCCAAAGUUAUUUUUCUUGUUUCUUUGUUUUGUUUUGUUUUUUUCGUGCGUUUUAUGGUCUAUACUUGUAAUUAAUGGUAAAUGGUCAUGGUAUUAUCAAGGCCAACCCUAGUUCAGAGAAAGAUCAAUGAAGCUACUUCAUGUUUUUGGUGUAAUUUCAGACUGAAGUUCAGAAUUGUUAGCCUCCCAGUUGGUGUUAGAUCUAGAUCAGUGGAGCCUAUAUGUCUUAAGUCUAUUUUUGGUGUACAGAGAAAAAAUAUCAUUCAGGGUUGGGGUCAAUUCAAUUUACAAGAUUAAUAAGAUGAAUUUAUGAAAGCCUGUUUUAGACAGGUUAGUAAAUGUAAGGUGGAAUUCGGAUUCUUGGCGAAAUGAAAUGGAUUGAGCCCAACUCUGGUGCUAUUGAUGAUUCUUCACUGAGGCCUUAGAUUUCAGUUAAAGUCUUCACUCGGAUGUUGCUUUAGUCAUUCUUAUUGUUUAUGCAUAUUUUAUAUUUUUUAUUAGUCAUUUUAACACAUACUGCUCAGUUGUUUACUUCACCAGCUUAGAUUAAAUCAUAUUGCUACAUGCUGCAUGUAUACUUUGUGGAAUUUUACUUAUUUUGUAUUGGUAAUAUUUUGUUUUAAAAUUGUGUUCUUGUUUUCUGGAUUUGUAAAUGUUUCCUUCCCUAUUUCUUUCCCUCUCCCUCCAUCACCUCCAUCAUUCUUAUUCAUUUAUGUGUAGUGAGUUUAGUUUUUGUUGUACAUUUUACUCUUUUUUUUUUUUUCAAAAAUUUGUUUUUUAAAUGUUUUAAGGUUCUUUUUUUUUAUGAUAUUGAUUGUCAUUUGUUUUUUGAUAUUGAUUUUGAAAAAUAGUUGAAAUGAACCAGUUUGACAUUUCUUAAUUUAACAAAUUUAAUUUGUAUGUUGCAAAUCAAAGGGGCGUAUGUGGAGAGUAAAAAAAUUAUUUUCUAUUCUAUCCAUGUUAAAACAUAAAGUUGUAUUUUGAUAUUUUAAAAAAACAUCCCUGAAUGUCAGGCCAAAAAAUAUAUAUAUAUAUGAAAUAUUGAGUAUUUAGAUGACGAUGAUGAUGGUGAUGAUAAGAGGAAAUGUUGUAGGGAGUUUGGCUGCAAGUGAGAGAGAGCCAUGACCCGAGAGACAAAGGUCGAAUUUUGCACUUGUGUAUAUAGUCAAUAUAAAACAAGGAAAAGAAAACAUGUAUAAUAUGGAGAUCUUAUUUUGAAUAAUAAAAGAUUCUAUAAGAAAUUUUGUUAGGAUAAUUUAAGGAUUAUAGAGUAAUAGACCAGCUAACUGAAUUUGCUUGCAGAAGUGGCUCAGCUCCUUUUAUUAUUACUUCAAAUCAUCGCUUAACAAACAAGAAAGAAAAAGCUAAGCAUCGCUUCGCCUUAAACAUGUGCGCUGCCUGUCAUUCAAACCUCAGUGCUGACGUUUUGGCAAGUUCUCACCUCACUUGCUUGACAUCCAGUAAAACUAAGGCAAGAGUUUUUUCUGUGAAAGGUUUAUCAAAGUAGAUCAUAAUGAGAUAAAAACAUUGGACUGUAGUCAAUUGCAAAAGCUGAAGAUUUAUAAUUCAUUCAUUCAUUAUUAUUAUUGAUCAGACUAAUAAUGCAAAAUGACUAAAAAGUAUAUCUGCUUUGGUAAAUUCCUGAUAGAAAGACUCCAGAGUGUCUUACAAUAUUUUACUACCUGUCAAGCUUGAGGACUGAUUCCAAAAUGUCCCAUGUACCCUCACUAGGAAAUCUCUAAAAUAUUUUUUUUAACCUGGCCUAAAUGUUGUUAGCUGCAUGUAGAGAUUUAACAUAAUAAAAAUCCACCUUUUAGAUAAGUAGGUUUGUCACUAAGUUCUCACGAUACUGCAGUUCCCAUUAGACAAUGUCAUUAGACAAUAGUGACGAUUCUAAGCAUACGUUAAGUGACACACAUUUACUCGAAACCAUAAGGAUAAAUGUGGUUAACACAGUAAACUAAUGAAUUUAAAAUGACCAGACAUGCUAGCGUGAGCCUUACACACCAUAUGAUGUGCACACACACACACAAACAAGGCAACCGUGCCUUCAGCAGGAAAAGGUCAGCCACCAAAACAAAGGAAACACAAUGAAUGUAAAACUUCUGAUCUCCAUUCGAGGGUAUGACUCACUUACCGCUGCUGUACAAGUGCUAAUAAACCAAAGCAUCACUUUUCCUCCGAACAGACACAAGGCACAGCUCUGCUCUGCGUCUGCCACAGUGAAACCGUCGGUGGUCCCUACCUGCUGAAAGCACCUGCUUUAAAAAAAAGCUUCACACUCACCAUGUAAUCUCACGCCCACUCUUUGCUUACAGUUGCUAAGAUCUUGUACUAUGUUUUGAAAAAUGUUUUAUGCACAUUUAUUAUUGUUUUAUUUGACUCUCUUGCUGUAAUGAAUGAAAAAAAAAAAAUAAUAAAAACCAAAAUGGAUUUCAAUUGAAAGGUCAGAGUGUGCAGUGUGCAUUUAUUGUGUUUUUUAUUUCUUUUCUGAUUAUAAAAAUCAUUUAAUUUAUUUAGAGUAUUUGAAAGUGAAAGCAAUAAGAGGGCGAUUAAUAAAUAAUCACACACACAUCCAAAAUAUGGUCUAUUUUGAUAUACAUUUUAUCCAAUUGGUUUAUAAUAUAAAAAACUUGACUGUAUAUAUACAUUCAGUAAUACAAAUCAUUAAUAAUAAGAUUUUUUAUUAUAUGUAUAUAUUUAUAAUAAUUAAAUAAAAUGUAAUCCAUUUAAAGACCUAAUCUCCCUUUACUAAAUUGAUCUAGAUUUUCUAUAGUAAUUUUCUUUCAUCUCAGUUAUAAAGUUGCCAGUCUGACUAUGUAAUUCAAAUUUUUUUUUUUUUCAUUUGUGUUCUGUUGACUUUGCCUUGUAUGGAUCAUAGUAUUUUCAAAUGAUCCACCUGUGCUUUUAUUCUGCUGGAUAAUAAACCUUUUCACUGAGCCUAACCCUUGACUUUACUGACACUCUUCUCUUUAAUACUUACUCUUCUUCUUUUGUCUCUCCACACAUUACAUGGCCAAACAACUCAACUGUUGUCUCAUUAGCCAAAAACUUAUAGCUCCUUUGUUGAUGUGUUUAUUUGCAAAUUCCUAUUAUGCUGCUUCGUGUCUAGAACAUUCAGUGACUCAAUGCAAGCUUUUCCCCUCAAACAAUAUCAGACCUCCCUGUGGAGAGAGAGAGAGAGAGAGAGAAAGAGAGAGCUGUGGGAGGAAUUAUUCUACUUGUUUCUCAUGCUGUUUGUUUUGCAUUUUUGUCAUUAAAAGUGCCAAUAAAUAUU